UUUUAAAAAUAGUGCCGUUAUCUUAGACGCCUUAUGAAAUCGAUUUAGUUAUCGCUGCGUAUGAAUACUAAGGGGAUAAAAGUAGUGCCUGCCUAGUCAAAGCACUCAAUUAAGUUAAACGUUUUGUUGGAUACGUCGGCGCAAUAUAGCAAGAACGCCUAGAUAUUCUCAAGAUGCUACCUAACACGGAUGAACUAUUAAUUGCUGACAAAGCGCUGAUUGUGAUCUUCAUACUUCUAAUAUGUUUGAUCAACGGGGCACUCAUCGUCACCCAAGUCAGAAAACCAAUGUUUUAUCAGAGCGUCAAGUUAAUGAUGAUUAUAUCCUUGGCUAUAGGAGACAUCAUCUUUGCCCUCUUCCCGUUAGUAGUGCUUGCUAGAGGAUUUUUUGAGGCAGAUCCAACCUUCAUGACCUGCAGGUUAAGUACAAAUAUCACAACCUACAUGUCCUACUUGAUUCAUUUCGUCUACGGACUUGGUCUUGUGGUACUGGCAGCUGAAGUCUUCCUCAGAAACAGGAUUCAAAGUAUCCAUGACAACAACUAUAAAUCAUUGUCUGCAGUUGGUGCGAGUAGCGUCCCUUGGAUCUUAGGACUAAUUAUAGUACUUCCACUUUGCAUGUCAAAUGUUAAUUAUGAAUAUUUCUGCAUAAACACCCAGUCUUUGGAUUCCAUGUUUGGGGUAUCAGUGUUUCUACCGGUCUCACUCUCAAUAGUAGUCAGUAUUGUUCUCAACUGUGUCCAUUUUCCCACAUCGCAACAGGGACAGACUAUAAGCACCAACCAUCAACCCAUAGUGGUGUCUCAACAGACUGUCACACAACAAGGAGUCAACUCAACACAAUACCCUCCUCAGGGCUACGCUCCUGGUAAUGUUCAUCAUUUUCCCACAUCCCAACAAGGACAGGUUAUAAGCACCAACCAGCAACCCAUAGUUGGGUCUCAACAGGCUUUUACACAACAAGGAAAUUUAACUCAAUACCCUCCCCAGGGUUACGCCCCUGGCACUGUUCAUUAUAAUCCACCGAGUUCAAGUCCCUAUUAUUCAUAUCCAACAAACCAACAGGUUAUGAACCAGUCCUCAACGGUGAACAUCAACUUAAACCAGGGAGUCAACACGAUACAGGUGACUCCCAUGAAUCAACGCGCAGAGGGUCAAAGGUUGCUUCUAAUAUCUAUCAUCUUCGGUUUGAUGGUAGUUCCCUUUGCAUCAGUCUCUCUUAGAGCAGCCUAUAUUGUCUGGCCGGACUUAAUGACAAAAACUGUAGUAACACAAUCUGUCUUUUGGCUAAUGGCGGCACGAUCAUGCUUAACGCCCCUGAUUAUGAUUGGUUAUUCUAAUUUAUAAUGUUUCUACAACAAAUAAAAGUUGUGUUUAAGCAAUCUGUAUUACAGUAGGCUAGAAAUACGGUAAUUCAAACUUUUAAUAUUAAAACUAUAAUGAAACAAAAUAUAUGUCGUUUUUAAGCCCGAGUUCCAGCUACAUACAGUCAUUGACUAAUUGUUACUACUCAACUUUGGAGACUGAUUUUUUUUAAAUGUCGCCUUGUUUUACGUUGCGUGCACUGAAUCUGGCCAAUUUAAAUUUAAGCUGCCAACUUCGUGUUGUAGAAGAGCAUUUGCUAACAAGAAUCAACGGAAGUGAUGGACUAGCAUCACUAAGCGAAAGUAGAUCUACGUCACUUCCUCUUUGUGCUUCUCAACGAGAAUGUGCUUUUUUCUAGCUCAGUAGUUAAUGAAGACUUCAAGAUGCGAAACCAACCUUAACGUCAGGGUUCAAUCUGCACUGUGGUUAUUAUUGGUUACCAGAUGUCCGGCAAAAGAAGGGCGUUCCAUCCCCCUAUCUUUUCGAGAUCAAGAAAGAUGCAUUUCCAAAACACUCACGAUUCUUAAAGACAACCUGCACCCAUUAACCUACAGUUACAUCAGAUCGGAACGAAGUUGUCGUCUCCUUUCCAUUAGGACUAAAACAGAAAGAUUUAAAAACUCCUUCAUCCCACUUUCGGUCAGAGUGUUACAAGAUCAGCUGUCGUCAUCGAGAAGUACAUAGAAGUCAAAUUCAUAAAGCGCUGGUUGUGAAUGAUUGCUGUUCGAAUUUUUUCAUCCAUAUUGUUUUUGUAAAGUAGUUACGCUGAGGUUGUCAAUUGUAGUCAAACUGAAUUUCCAUUUGAUUGGAUCAAUAAAAUCAUCUUAUCUUAUCUUAUCAUGUCCUUCCUCCAGCAUGCAUUGGACAAAACUCUGAACAUUUACUCCAUGAAAAAGGGCGUGUUCAUUGAUCAACGUACAGUAGACAAUAGAGAUAUAAAGUGCCAAGAGAGAGAGAGCGAGAGAGAGAGAGAGAGAGAGAGAGAGAGAAAGAGAGAGAGACUUGUAAAAUAAACAAUCUGAAGGUCCACUUGUUUUUUCGCCAUAACGAAAUACAGCGAAGUCUUUUUCUCUAAAAAACAAUUCAUUUUAUAAAGUAAUAUGAUCUUUGGACACGUUUUAUCAAAUAGUCUAAAGUUUACCUUGCCUUAUAGUUUUGGUCCUAAUUUGUAAGCCUUUUUCAUCCUUUUUUAACCUACUAUGGGUUGCCUGUGUCUGUUUAUCGGUUAUCUGUCCAUCCCGACAAAGAGAACGAAGUAUUUUCAUUAUAUGUACA